UUUGUCUAAUUAGCGCUAAUUAAUGAGGGUAAUUAACGAAUUGCUGUUAAUUGGGCCAGGCUGGGGAUGUGCACGCCCUUCUCCACCAACGCCGUGUCGCUGUGCCGCGCCGCCGGGCUCGGCCGCGUGCGGCGCCUCGAGAGGUCCCGGAGGCUCCUGCUGCAGCUGGCGGCGCCGCUGCCCUGCAGUUCCCUCGGGCGCCUGCAGGCGGCGCUGCGGGACCCGCUGACCGAGCAGCUCUACCCGGAGCCGCCCGCCCGGCUGGAGGCGCCCGCGGGGCCCGGGGACAGCGCGGGGGACACGGGGGACAUCGACGUGCUGGGCAGGGGACACCAGGCGCUCAGGGACGCCGACAGGGACAUGGGGGACACGAGGCACUGA